CGCGCGCUGGGGACAGUACGCUCUCCUCAAUGUGCAUGUGUGUCUGUUUCCCAGACCUCCACCAACACAAGACACAAGACUCUCCACCUGUCAUUUCAAAUCAGCCUCCCGUAGGUUUCCCUGAUCAAACCAAAAACAUGGGAAUCACCAUCUGUGUUUAACUGGACCUAAACUGAGAAAUCUAAUCCAAAAAAUCAAAUAAGAUGCUAAAUGACCACUGAGACUCACGAAGAAUAAGGAAUUUAGAAGAGGAGAUGAAUGGAUCAUCCUCCCACACUGCGAGACAUAGCAUGAGUGAAGGUCUAUCUUAUUGUAUUUCCCCCUGUGGCAAACAUUGUCACUAAUAACGAAGUGAGGCACAAUGAGUGGCCAUAUCUGGGCUGCAUUGCUCUUUCUGUGCAUGUGCUUAGAGCUCGGGGGAAGCAGUGCUCAUCUAAAAAGAUGGAAGAGUGAGGAAACAGCAAGGAAAGAAUUUCAGGUAGAGCUUCUAGACGUGGAGGAAAGGCAAAGUGAGAUGUCAUUUACCAACACAGCAGGAACGCCAAGUUUAGCAAAGAAAAAUGAGGAUCAUUUGAUGAUUUCACCAAAAAGAAACAAAGAUGCAAUUGAGUCUGUAUCAGGACUGCAUCAUGCUCAGAUGAAAGAAACUGCAAAAUUGGAAUUUGAAAUCAGAGUGACUCCAGUUUUGUUGUAUGGCACGAGUGUGAACACAGAUUCUACUCCACAUAAUAUGAAUAAUUAUUAUCCCAAAUCCAAAGGUAUCCCUGAAAUCACAAAGAUGACAUUAUUAACUCUUAGCCAGGACCAAGAUCGUUUGAUUCCCACUGAACGAACUCCUGCAGUAGAGGAAACUAAAACUGACAGAUCCACUCUGGAUGGCCCAUUGGAUAUCAGUGUGAACCCUCUGAAGCCUCCACCUGGGUUAAAUAGCGGCGGACAGGAAGUGAAAACUGUAAUGAUGGGAAAUCAGGAAUCAGACAGCAGUGGUGAUUUCCACAGGAUCUUUACUGGACGGGAUGAGAUGCCUUCACAAUCCCGCAGCCGAAGAAGCUGGAUCUGGAACCAGUUUUUUGUGAUAGAGGAAUAUAGUGGACCAGAACCAGUGCUGAUUGGACGGCUUCAUUCGAGUGUGGACAGGGGUGAUGGACGAACCAAAUACAUAUUAAAAGGUGAGGGGGCUGGUUCGGUGUUCGUUAUUGACAGCAGAACAGGGAACAUCCACGUCACCAAACCCCUAGACCGUGAGGAAAAGGACCAAUACCGCCUUAUCGCCACGGCAACAGACCGGCAGACCGGCCGAGCCCUGGAGCCUUCAUCCCAGUUCAUCAUCCGUGUGCAAGACAUCAAUGACAACCCACCGGUGUUCCAGGACGGCCCUUACAGCGCCACCGUGCCUGAGAUGGCCAACAUCGGCACAUCGGUUAUUCAAGUGACAGCCACAGAUGCUGAUGAUCCAACGUAUGGGAGUAGUGCCAAACUCGUGUAUUCAGUGGUUCAAGGCCAGCAGUACUUCACCGUGGACCCACAGUCAGGUAUCUUGCGCACAGCGGUCCCUGAUAUGGACAGAGAAGCUCAGGCGCAGUACCAGGUGGUGCUCCAGGCAAGAGACAUGGGCGGCCAUCAAGGGGGUCUGACAGGGACAACCACUGUCACCGUGCACCUCAGUGAUGUCAACGACAACCCACCUCGCUUCACUCAAAUUAUGUGGUCAUUUUCAGUCUCUGAAUUGGCCGUCCCCGGGGUGGAGAUUGGUCGUCUCUCUGCAACAGAUGCAGACCUGGGUGAAAACGCUCGGAUGGACUUUAUGAUCGUGGACGGAGAGGCAGGGGACACCUUCAACAUAACUGGAUUGAACCAAGAGGCUGUGAUUUUAUUAAACAAGGCUGUGGACUAUGAGAGGCGAAGCACCUACACUCUCGCAGUGGAGGUGCAAAACCCAAACGUGGACUCACGAUUCCUCAGACGAGGUCCGUUUAAGGACCGGGCAAUGGUGCGUAUCACGGUUCUGAAUGCAGAUGAGCCGCCGAAGUUCUCCCGUUCACGGUACCGGCUGGAUGUGUCGGAAAACUGUCCUCCAGCAUGUGUGGUGGGAAGAGUGGCCGCUGUGGACCCGGAUACAGGCCUCAGUAACAACAUCAAGUACUCAAUUGAUCCCGAGUCGGACCCCGAGGCGCUGUUCCGUAUCGCCUCUGACAAUGGCCUCAUCACCACUGCCGUGGAAUUGGAUCGGGAACAGGAGCAAUGGCAUAACAUUACUGUCAUCGCCACACAGAGAGACAGCCCCAACCAAGUCACCAGGGUAGCGGUUGCCAUAGAGACACUGGACAUCAAUGACAAUGCCCCCGAGCUGGACCGACAAUACAACACGGCUGUGUGUGACUCCAGCGCUGUCGGACAGGUGGUGCAGGUGAUUCGAGCGAUGGAUAAAGACCAAAGCAGCCACAACUCUCCCAUCCACUUCAGUAUUCCUGCAGAGUCCAGCAGCUCGCUCAACUUCUCCAUUAGAGAGCGGGGAGACCACACGGCAAGUUUGGUGCUCUUGUCAUCCCUGAAGGCUUUUCCUCGAUUUUCCUCUUUACCUACUCUAAAAAUACCCAUAAUGCUUCGUGACGGUGCGUCAGACCUCAGCAGUACAGGAACGGUUACCGUUACGGUAUGUCCGUGCCAAAACGGGGGCAUGUGGGUAGAAGAACGAAAACAACAAACGGACGAGAAGGAUAAAGCGUCUGUGCCGGACUGGGAGAGACAGGUGGCGUGUUUGCCUUUACCGUCAAACUCCCUGCUGCUGGGCGUCAGCUCGGCCGCUAUGCUGGCCAUCCUGGCCUGUGUGUCGACUCUUCUGGUAGUGGCAGCGCUCUCAUUAUUGUUGCGGAGGCAGAAACGGGACACACAGUCUCCAGUGGAGGAUGAUGAGAUCAGGGAGAACAUCAUCACGUAUGAUGAUGAGGGAGGGGGCGAAGCAGAUACGGUCGCUUUCGAUAUAGCGACCCUGAAGAGUGCCCCCCAAAGCAUGCAAAGAGCACCGCGGCUUCGGGACAGCAAGAAUAUUUAUUCUCAGGAUAACUUGGACAGCAUCAGAACCUUCAGUUGGAGUCAGAGUUUGGGUUUGGACCCGCGCCGUCCCGUCUCUGCACCUCUCUACGGACGAUACUGCUACAGUAUCCAGACACUUCCAGCUUCGAGAAACAGACUCGGCCCGUUCAGCUCCAGGCUGGACCUCGCCAAACUGGCCUACGUUCUUCCUGGCAGCCAAGGCCAGGUUGGCGGCCCUUUAGAAUCCGGUUCAGUAUUUAUCGGCAAGAACAGGGAUGGAUUAGAACAGAAAAGAGCAGACGGAUCCACCAGCAGCAUUCCAAAAGAGAGUGAGACAGGAAGUGAGGUCAUCUCUGAGAGCCACACGCUCAGCCAGGAUCAGUCUGUGCAUUCGGAUCAGGUUCUGUUCGUGAAGGACUCCAGUCAGAGCGGUUCCUGCUCAGAGGCCUCCAGCACUUCUGUGAGCCAUAAACCGGAGCCAUCCCCUCACUGCUUGACCACACGUGCCUCCAUUUCCACCAUCACCACAGAUGACUCCGUCCCCGCUUCGGCUUUGGAUAAGAAUGGGGACAUUGCGCUCAUCAGCACCAGUCAGAGCACAUCUAGCCUGGGUACGACGGAGAUGCCGUUCAGAACGAUGGAAGGUACAUUGCUAAGAGGCGGCAGAGGGAUACCUUUGACUGGGACGACACUUCUUUACCCAGAAGCUGCCGGACUAAUGGGCUUGUAUGGAGUGGGUGGGCAGAAUUAUGUGCCACACCUAGUGAGGCCCCUUCCAGGAGGGGCGGGGCUGGGUGAAAGGGGGUUGGGCUUGGGGAAUGGGAAAGUUGGCCAUGCGAACUCAGAAAAGGCAGGUGCAGAUUCGUUGACAAACCGUAUGGGCGAUUUCCUGCAACACCGUCUAGCCCUGGUGACCUUUGACCCCAUGCAGCCACCAUACGACUCGCUGCAGACGUACGGAUUGGAGGGGGACGGCUCCCAGGCCACGUCUCUCAGCUCGCUCGAAAGCGAGGCUGAAAAAGAUACAGAGGGACAGAAACACAGAUUUGAGGAGUGGGGACCCAAGUUUGACAGGUUGCUUGAUAUUUUCAGGGAACGAGCGAAAGAAAAAGAGGUUAAUGAAAAACAUCAGCGUGAGCAUUUAAAAGAAGAACAUCAGGAGGAGGAAAUGAACAAGACAGAAAACAACAGUGAGUCAGAAAUUCGGAAAAAGGAUGAAAAAACUGAUUUGAACGAGACACGGCGGGCCGAAGAGGAAAACACAGAAGAAUUGGAAGCAAUACACUAAAGAGGAAAUGGAAGUAAAGGGGAAGGAUGUGAUGUCACGCCGUGAGCUUUCAAUAGCAAUAAGUGCUGAAAGGAGCCAAUGAGCACAAUCUGGACAAAUAGAGUUUUAUAUGGACCUGCCAAAAACCAGUACGUCUGUGUUUUAGAGGAACAGAGAGUCUUAUGUAAGUUGCAGCACUCACCUUCAUUUGACGUCCAGCCACACACACAGUGUUAACAUAGUAAAAUACAAACAUCUAAAUCUUUCUCAUAUUUCCAGAUUUCAAUCUCAGAUUUUCAUUGUGAUAACCAGCAUUAACAUACAUUGAUAAUUUUUUGGUGAUGAGAUAAUCCGUUAUUAUGGUCUCAAGAUGUGAAAAAACAGACAUAACUUUCUCACAAUCUAAUCAGCAGUAUCUGAUUAUAUAUCAAAUUAUUUCACCAGUGUAAUUUUUUGUAUUAUUUAUAUAUUUUAAUGUUAAUUUAUAAUUUGAAUUUAAAAUAAUACAUAAAAACAAUAUUUUUAUAUGUUUAUAUUACACUUGAAAGCUUGUCUCUCCCCAAUGACAGCAUUUGAAAUCUUAUUUUCUUCACUUCUGAUUACUAUUAAAAUAAUUUAUUGAGGCAUUAGUGAUUACAAAAUGUAAGAAAUCAUGAAAAAGUAUCUGAAUUAUCUGUCAGUAUUUUUUCAAUUCGGUAAAUGACAGAAAUGUUUCAGUUUGCACAGCCUGUAAUAUGUAAGUGAUGAUUUGAUUUUGCAUUAAAUAUGGCAUAUUAGGUGGGGAAUCCACCACAAAAGGGCCUGUCUUGUUCCACACACGCAUAUUAGCAGCACGUGUCUUAGUCGUCUCUUUCAACGUUUCCCCGUUACACUUCACUUAAUAAUUCAGGUCGCCAUGACAAGCCAAAGCUAUGAAACAUCUCAUUUCUGAAAUAUUGAUUUCAGCCCUACAAGCGCCAUUGUUUGAAAAAUAGGUCUCAUGAAAUAUGUACAGAUGCUGACGAAUUCAUAUUGACGCUUGUGUAUUAAUAAGGCGACUCUCUCGCACAGAUUUUGACAGCGAGGAAACUCAACGGUACGAUAAAAGGCUGUUUUUUUACUAGGUCACUGCAACCACACACACGUCAAUGCAUAAAGAUGAUUUGCGCAUGGCUUAUUUCUAUCCGUUUUUAGACUGGUUUUUCUUUCUUUACUAGUCAGGAUUGCUUAUAGCUUGGUUUAGGCCUCUUGAACUGCUUCACUUCUUUAACCCUUUUAGUUUUUUUGGACCUAUGCAAUUGAAACUUUGAGACCGUGAACUUCUGAACUGAAUGUGAUCCUGUUUCAUAUAGUUUUUUUUUUUUUUUUUUGUCCUGUAUGCUGUUUGCGUUCUCAUGUACAGAUGUAAAUAUCAUUGGAGAUCUAAUAAGCCUUUUGGACCAGAUAGUUUAUGGUAAUCUGAAUCUGUCUAUGUGAAUGUUGAAU